AUGGAAAUCAAGUUCGUUUUACUUUCACUUACUUUGGUUUUGGUUUUGUUUUUUGGCCUUGUGCAGAGCUUUGAUUACCAUGAGGAAGAACUUGAAACGGAGGAGAGUCUGUGGGAAUUGUAUGAGCGGUGGAGGAGCCACCACCGCAUGGCGGCUGCAAGCCGUCAGGAGAAACAUAGGCGGUUCAAUGUGUUCAAGUCCAACCUGCAACAUGUUCACAACACAAACAGGAUGAACAAGCCAUACAAGUUGAAAUUGAACCGGUUUGCUGACAUGACUAACCAUGAGUUUACGAGCGCCUAUGCUGGCUCCAAGGUUAGCCAUCACCGGAUGCUCCAUGGAGACCGCAUCAGCAACAAGGGUUUCAUGUAUGCGAACCACGAUAAUGUCCCUGCCUCUAUUGAUUGGAGAAAGGAAAACGCUGUAACCCCUGUCAAGGAUCAAGGCCACUGUGGAAGUUGUUGGGCGUUCUCAACGGUGGUUGCCGUCGAGGGUCUAAACCAGAUCAAAACCAAGAAACUAGUAUCACUCUCGGAACAAGAACUUGUCGACUGUGACACUGGCAAAAACGAAGGAUGUGAUGGAGGGCUAAUGGACCUCGCAUUCGAUUUCAUCAAGAAAAAUGGAGGUCUAACUACAGAAGACAACUACCCUUACACAGCUGCAGCAGGAAGUUGCAAAACUGUAAAGGAGGGCGUUCCAACGGUAUCAAUCGAUGGACAUGAAGAUGUGCCUGUUAACGAUGAGGAUGCUCUAAUGAAAGCAGUUGCAAACCAGCCUGUAUCUGUUGCUAUUGAUGCUGGAGGUUCUGAUUUCCAGUUCUAUUCACAGGGAGUUUUUACUGGAAAGUGUGGAACGCAAUUAAACCAUGGGGUAGCAGUGGUCGGAUACGAUAUGAGUGACGACGGAACCAAGUACUGGAUCGUAAAGAACUCGUGGGGAGCCGAUUGGGGAGAGAAUGGCUACAUACGAAUGCAACGAGGAGUUCCUGAGAAGACGGGGCUCUGUGGCAUAGCAAUGGAGGCUUCUUACCCUAUCAAGAACUCUGAUACAAACCCUAAAGCAUCAUUCAUCAGGGAUGAACUUUAG